AUGUCGCCUCAGGAUCCUACAUCGCGGUCGAGGCCCCCACCAGAGGGCGAAGAAGAGGCAACGUCUGUUCUCAACCUAGGUGAAUUCCAGAACGUCGACGGCUUGACUCUAUCGGAAGCCUCCCUAGUCAUUAACGCCGUACUCGCAAAGCGCACAAAGGAAGGCAAGAAUAUGAACCAGAAUGAGUUACUACCCCGAACUCUUAAUUACCUUGAUACCUUUGCGCGUUUCAAGAAGAAGGAAAACGUUGAGGCGGUUGAACGCUUGCUUAAUGCUCAUCCAGAACUCGCCAAGUUUGAGAAGGCCCAGCUGGGCUCACUUUGCUGUGAAAAGGCUGAUGAAGCAAAGACUGUCAUACCUUCCCUUGCAGACAAGAUUACCGACGAGGAUCUCCAAGAAUUAAUUGAUGAGAUAGGAAAGCUCAUGACUGACUAA